GAAAGAACCCAGUAGAUACACAAAACAAGAGAAGAACCAAAACAACAGGGAAAAAAACCCUAAUAUAACAAAACAUAAAGAAAUGGCAAAGGCCUUAAUGCUUGUGUCUGUUUUCUGCUUCUUGGCCUUUGCCACCUAUUCUCAUGCCCAGGAAAAGAAGAAUAAGGUUUACACUGCUUAUGGCGGAGUCUACUGCGAUCCAUGCAACUUCGAAUUCUACACCCGUCUCAGCUACCCUAUACCCGGCAAUAUAUUCGUUUCAAAAUAAUAGUCAUAUUCUUUUUUUAAAAAAAAAAAUUCAAUAUUUCAAAAUAAUUGUUAAUAAUAAAUAUUUAAAUGUUAUUUUUUCAUGUGUAUAUAUAGGUGCAAAGGUGCAAGUUCAAUGUAGGGCAAGGGACAAUAAUACGGUGACCGUGAAGGUCAAAGGGGUGACCAAUGAAGAUGGAGGAUACAGCAUCGACGUGGCCGGUGACCAUGCAGAUGAGAUCUGCGAGGUCUCUGCGCUGAGCAGUCCGGACACCAAGUGCAAUAAGCCGUUUACAAAUGGCGAUAAGGCCGCAGUUUCGUUGACGGAUAUCGGUGUCCAAGGAACUUGUCGAUAUGCUAAUCCAAUUGGGUUCAAGAACAGUACUGCUCUUGAUCCUGCCUGCGAGGAUGUUCUUAUUGAACUGAACUGUGUGGCUGCACCUUGUUUGCCAAAUGGUGAAUGAUAGCCCAUACCUUGACUCCUUGGAGGCUGCGUGUAUCAUUAUUAGCUUAAUUCUUAUUGUUUUGCACAAUAAUCCUCAAUCAAUAAAUCUUUACAUCGUUACAAUUAUGUAAAGUCAUUUUUGUAUCCAGCCAG